AUGACCACAGAAGAUGCUCAACAGCUGCCCCCACAUUCACAAGGGGUCCUGGUUCUAGCCUCCUCCCUGUUCUCAUGGCGUUUCCCUCCCUCUUACAGACAGAAGUUGUCAGGGGAGUACUUCAACUACAAGGGCAUCCCCUUCCCUUCCGGCCUCUACACCCCCGAGAGCAUCAGCUUUGCAGAGAACACUGCCAGUGUCCAGGAUGACGACAUUUUCAUCAUUACCUACCCCAAGUCAGGCACCAACUGGAUGAUUGAGAUCCUCUGCUUAAUCCUAAAGAAUGGGGAUCCCUCUUGGGUCCGCUCUGUGCCCAUCUGGGAGCGGGCACCCUGGUGUGAGACGGUGGAGAGCGCCUUCAGAAUCCUGGACCCCGCUGGUCCCCGCCUCAUGAGUUCCCACCUCCCCAUCCAGCUCUUCACCAAGUCUUUCUUCAAAUCCAAGGCUAAGGUGAUCUACGUGAGCCGGAACCCCCGGGAUGUGGUGGUCUCACUCUAUCAUUAUUCCAAGAUUGCUGGGCAUUUGAAGAAUCCUGGUACACCUGACCAGUUCCUGCAGAACUUCCUCAAAGGCGAAGUGCAGUUUGGCUCCUGGUUCGACCACAUAAAGGGCUGGAUUCGGAUGCAGGGCAAAGAGAACUUCCUGUUCAUCACUUACGAGGAGCUGAAGCAGGAUCUCCACAGCUCCUUGCAGCGCAUCUGCCAGUUCCUGGACCGGCCGCUGGAUGAGGAGGCCCUGGGCUCUGUCAUGGCCCACUCAGCCUUCGGGGCCAUGAAGGCCAACACGAUGUCCAACUACACGCUGCUGCCCCCGAGCCUGCUGGACCAACGCCAGGGAACCUUCCUCCGGAAAGGGGUCUGUGGUGACUGGAAGAACCACUUCACAGUGGCGCAGAGCGAAGCCUUCGACCGAGUCUACCGUGAGCAGAUGCAGGGGCUGCCGACCUUCCCCUGGGACGUGGCCUCUGAGGACACCAGCCCGGAGCCCGACACCAGCCCGGAGCCCGACACCAGCCCGGAACCCGACCCCAGCCCCGGCCCCGGCCCCGGCCCCGGCGGGGCCUCAGAUCCCCCCCACCCGUGA